AUGCCUCGUGCUUCAAGUUCCUCGAAGCGACAGCAAGGCGCCGCCAACCAACGCGAUACCAGGCACGAAAAUGGUCUUGUAGGCCCCGCGAAGCGAGUCGCCAACAAAAAGAGCCAGCCGAACCUCGACGCCUCUGCCCGGAACACCCCCGACCAGAAUGCCGCCGCCUCGGUCCUCCCCUCGUCUCUCCCCAACGGUAACGGCUCUCCUCACGGCAACCCCAAGAACGCGACCCUCGCUGCCGCCCACGACACCAUGGCCCCCGAACACCGGAACGGCGACGCCGCUGCCAGGCGGCCCUCGCUAGGCGGAUGCUCCGAGACGUCGUCGUCCGACUCGCUCUCGUCCACCUUGGCCAACGGCGUCGUCGACGCGAGCCAUCGCCAGAUCGAUGUCAAUGCCACCAAGAACGCCGACGUCCACCGUGACCCCGGCGGCCCCGUCGAGUUCGCCGCUACCGUCCUGAGAGCUCUGCCACUCUAUGACACCCUCGCUAUCCUCAUCCUGCUCAUGCAGGUCCCGCCCGUCGCCCUCUCCGGUAUCUACAUGGUCUUCACGUUUCUGACCUUUGUGCCCCCCGUUACCACCAGCUCCGGAAUGAACAUCAACCUGGCCGAGAUCUUCGACUACAACUCGACCAUGCCCUCUCUCGUCACGGUCCUAUGCAUGGAUGUUUUCAUCCUUCUGGUCUGGCUGUUUCUGUGGCCGACCAUGCAGCUUGCCAUCCUUGACUUUGCAAAGCCCGUCAUCGCCGCCACGCUUGGCGGUGGAUCAAACACGAGGGAAGGAGCGUCGAGGAGCGUCACCACCUGUUUCUUCCUGGUCAUAGGGUCCCAUUUGCUACGCGGCUCUAGGUUUCACUGGUCUCGAGCGGCCAAGUUCCUCCCUGCCAACUGGCGGUUCUCGCCCGAUUCCGACGACCCGUUAGAAUCGUUUACCCGCGGCUUCGACAAGAGAGGGCCGCACGGGUGGAUCAAGAGCGUCCUCGCCAUACACAUUUUGACACAGGGCAUAGUGCGAUAUAUCAGAGAGUGGUAUCUAAGGAGAGAAAAGGGGAGCGCGUCGGCACACAGCAUAACAGACCCGGAAGCAGGCAAGCCGUAUGCCACCGAUACGGCCGCCGACGCCGGGUUUGCCACGCCAGACAGCGACGCGACUUUCCAACAAAACGCAACAGUAUCAUCUACAAAAAAGAAGAGGAAACAGAGCACACAAGUGCGCCUCCAGCAGCCGCUGUGGGCGGCCCUGGCAAGCACCAAGAUCGUCAUGGUCAAGGAAUACGAGUUAUCGCACGCGACCUCCGAGUCAGCUGGCUCCAACGCUACCGACAUUCACAAUCUGGGGAACGCCCCGUUCGACAGCCAGGCUGAACAGAUUUGGAUUUCCUACAUCGGUCACGAUGAGGUUUGCUUCAACACCAGUCACUUCCCCGACAGCCCUAGCGCUGCGCCGAACGGCCACGUUUCACGGCCGGCGGGGGUCGACACUUCGAAGCCCUUUUACGUCCGAGUCAACAAUGCUUUUUGGCAGCCGACACGCAUUUUCCGCAUCCAAGACGACGACCAGGACGAGCAGCCCGGCCACCACCGGUGGUGCGGUGACAUUUACGGACUGCGACCGCUGUCCAAGUACGUCUGCGAGUUUGUCGACACCUGCACGAACCGAGUCAUCUUUUCCACCAGCAUCCGCACCUCUUUUGCCCAGAACAAGGACCAGGAGGGCUCCGUCAACCCGCCCGUGAGCACGCCGCAGUCCCUCCGCCCGGACUCGCCCGCUACGACGCUGAAGAGCACCAUCAACGCGAACAACGAGCGGCUGGCGGAGGAGAAGUCGAGGCUCAAGACCCUGCGCAAGGAGUGGAAGAACAAGAUCAGCUCGCUCAAGAAGGAAAACGAGAGACUCGACAACGUGAUCCAGUCGGCGGGUGGCAACGACGACAAGCACAGACAGAAGAUUAUCCAGCAGGAGAACACCAAGGCCCAGUCAGAGAAGGAGAUUGCCCAGCUCGAAGCGGAUCUCAAGGCGUUUGAAACAGCACCGGAAGGAUUCUACGAGCGCAAGAAACAGACGGAGAAGGAGUGGUCCGCCGAGAAGGCUGUCUUCGACGCCGCGUCCAAGGAGUUCAAGGAGCAUAAGGCCAGCAUCGCCAAGGCUGUGAAGGCCAAGGAGGACGAGCAGGCCGGCAUGCAAACCAAGCGGAACAAGAUUGCGGCGCGCAUUGCCAAGGUCGACAACGAGCUCGGCCGCAUCACGGACGCCAACAACCGCGGGCUUGACGAGGCCGAGCGACGGCGCCAGGCGCGGGCAGCGUGGCAGGCGGAGACGUCGACAAUUGAGAACAACUUCCGGGGUAGCAUUGCCGACAUCAAGGCGGCCAACGCCCUCAAGCAGGAGCAGGUCAACGCGCUGCUGCAGCAGCUCCAGGCGUACCACGAGCACAUGAACUACGCCACCGCCGCGUCGAUGCCCUUUGACAUGCCCGAACACCACUCCGCCGCGCCUCAGACGUCCACGCCCGCCUACAACCCCGCGGCGCCCGCCUGGACGCCGACGUCCGCCGCCGCGCCCGCAUCGCAGUACGUGAUGCCGGGAGCCUCGAUGUGGCCCACGUCCAUGAUGACGGGGUCCGGCUCGGCGCUGCCGCUGCCCACGAACUCGACGCAGUCGGUCUGGGGGUACCCGCCGCCGCACCACAGCAUGAUGUCUCUCAAGGCCAGGGGUCGGUCUUCGUCGAUGCUGAGUGACGUCUCCGGAUUCACGCAGUCGAGCAACGGCGACGACGAGUUCCUGUCCAUGCACAACACGCCUGCGCAGCAGCCCACGGCCCAGCGUACGCCGGUGACGUUUGCCUUUACGCGGCGUCAACGCAGCGACGGCGCCGGGUCCGGCGGCAGCAGCGUGCACAGCGGGAGCGCCAGCGCCAGCGGCAGCAUGCGGGAUCCGCAGAGCCCGAUCUGA